AUGCCUCUGCGCGAAGCGCCGCCCACGUUCUGGCGCCGGCCAUCGGACGCGACGGUGGCGGAGGGCGGGGAGACGUCGCUGCCCUGCGCCGCCCACGGCCGGCCGCCGCCCUCCGUCUUCUGGGCGCGCGAGGGCUCGCGCCGGCUGCUCUUCCCAGGCAGCAGCGGCAGCGGCAGCUCCCAGGAGCAGGUACAGGCGCAGGAUGCGGUCGAAGGCCAGCCGCGCCUCGCCGUCGCCGCGGACGGCACCCUGACUCUGCGGGCCGCCAAGCCAGAGGACGCGGGCCGCUACGUCUGCUCCGCCGUCAGCGCCGCGGGAUCUGCCACCAGCAGCGCCGAGAUACAGGUUUUGGCCCCUGGCGACGAGCUUCCUCCUAUUAUUGACAUCGGCCCUCGAGAUAUGGAGGUCGCACCAAAGGGCACAGCAGUGUUUCAUUGCGUCACGGCUGGUGCCGCCAAGACAUCCGUGCAGUGGCAGAAGAAUGACGAUCCUCUGGCUCCCGGAGGGCGGAUAGUAGUGCUGGGCAACGGAACGCUUGUCAUCAAGGAGGUGCAGCCGUCGGACGUGGGCAAGUACAGCUGCUGGGCAGCUUCCGGUGGCGGCCGCAGCAUGCAUUCGGCGCUGCUGUCGCUGAGCGAGACGCCGUCUGGCUCGGCAGCUGGGGUGCCCUGGAGCGCCGCGGCGCUGCCUCCGGCGCCGUCACAGCCGCGUGUCGCUGACGUCACGGAUACGUCACUGACGGUGACGUGGCGGCCCGUGGAGGGCCACGUACUGGGCUACACCCUGGAGUACUGCUGCCCGGACCUGCACGGCGGGUGGGUCGUGGCCGGCAGGAGGCUGCCUCCAGACACCUUCACCGUGGAGGGCCUGCGGCCGGAUACGCGCUACGCGGUGGUGGUGCGUUCCGAGACGCCCGCCGGGGUGUCGCGCGCCAGCCCCCCGUCGCACCCCACGCGGACUCUGCCCCCGGGGGGCGGCAGCCGCCCCCACUCCCAGGAGCAACGCCGCCUGCAGGCCGCCAGGGAGGCGCUCGGCCGCCUGCAGAUCCUCCUCAACGCCGCUCAGCCCAUCAGCUCCAACGCGGUGCGCCUGCGCUGGCAGGUGUUGGGCGCUGAGGAGCUGGUGGAGGGCGUGUACGUGCGCUACCGCGACCUGUCGGCGGCCGAGCCUUCCUUCGGCCUGGUGACCGUGAUGAACGCGGGCGCCACCGGCUACACCGUGUCCGGGCUGCGCGCCUUCACGCGCUAUCAGUUCUUCCUGGUGCCCUUCCACAAGGCCCUCGAGGGCCGGCCCUCCAACACCAUCACGGCACGCACCCUCGAGGACGCUCCAUCAGCAUCCCCAGAAAAUGUGCGAGUGAGGAGGCUCAAUUCUACUGCAGCCAGUAUCUUUUGGGAUCCUGUUGCGCCUGAGUAUCUAAACGGAAUGCUUCAAGGAUACAAUGUGCUGGUGAUGGUGAACGGCAGCAGCGUCUUCGCGCACCUGUCCGUGAACGCCAGCACGGCGUCCUUGCUGCUCAACAACCUGACGUCGGAUAACGUGUACAGUGUGCAGGUGUCGGCCUACACAGUGGUCGGUUCCGGACCCUUCUCCACGGCUGCCGCGCUCGGGGGCGAUCGAAGUUCUCCCAGGGUUCAGCCGAGCAGGAGCGUCCACAGCGUGGUGCAGGAGACGUGGUUCCCCGCGGUCAUCGUGGGCCUCGUGCUGGCCGUCUCUCUGGCGCUGUCCGCCGGCUACUACCUGAGGCACCGGAAGGCCAUCAAGAAAGACAUCAGCAACCUGAACGUGAUGAACGCAAACGACAUCUGCCAGCUGAAACUGACGGACGGCAAGGACACGUUGUGGAUCGACAGCGGCGUCGGCGUGGGCAGCGACAGCGCGUGGGGCGGCGCCGAAGCGAAGGCGGCGGCUCUGGGGGCGGCGCAGACGGCCAAGGAGCUGGCCGCCGCCCACGCAGAGUACGCCGAGGUGGACGCCCGCGGACUGCUGCUGGCGCUGCACCCCAGGCCUGCGCCGUAUGCCACCACCAGCCUGCUGCCCGCCAGGAGGGACCCCGAGGACAUGUGCCAGACAACGCAGAAGUCGGAUCACGAGAUGGAAAUGAAGACAUCCAACUCCAGCGGCUCCUGCGCAAAUACCGUUCUACUGAGUUCGGACACAAACUCUUGCGCUGGAUACAUGUCAAGCAGCUCUUGCUCCGAAGACAAGAACUUUUAUCCAGAUAACAUCGGCAGGCACCCAGAGAACUGCACCCACGUACACAGAAGCAACUGGUCGGAGCUACCACUGCCUUCAGACACGGCCAACGGCAACGUGAGCUGCCUUCUGCAGCCGCAGUGCCGCAGAGUGUCCAAUGAAGGCAAGAUGAGCAACGUCAACGGAGCCGAAGAGUGCAAUGCGAACACUCCGCUUCUGAGCGGGCACAACUCGUGCUCCAGGGAGGAGACGCCUCUCACUCAUCUGCCACGUGUUGAUACAGCCGACUUCAACAUACGGCCAGUGCCAUCUGACAGAAGGAGCUCUCUGUGUGAAGACGGAUACGCCAGCGUGUGCUCCGUGUACAACGACCCAGUCAGAUACACAAUGGUGCCGGAUCAUCACCCCUCGUUUCCAGGUUUCCUAGCGGCCUGUGAGUCGGUCACGGCUUUCGGAAAUGGCGGCGAACACAAGUACAGCCAGUGUCACCCGCAGCACAAGAGGCACCACUGCCACAGGCAUUCCUUCUACCACAGGUCGCAGCGCUGCUGCAGGCACAACCCGCAAGGUGGCAGCCUGGAACAGCGGGAGUGUGACCACGCCCCCGCAGGGGGGAGGUGCGGCAGCGAGUCCUGCUGUUCCUCUGGCGACGUGGGCUGCCUCUACACCGAGCCCAGGAACUUCCCGCGGCAGGAGGGCGGUGCGUGCCGGCACCGCUGCCGCCGCCGCUGCCGCGUCCCCCGGCGCUGUCACCAUCAGCGACCCGCCUCCCCCACCGCCAGCUCCGACUCCGGCAGCGGCUGCGCCGGGGCGCCCUCGCCCAUGGAGGACGUCGAGCCCGCCACAGACGAGCUUCCCGGCUACGCGAAAUUGGAUUACCCAAACUCCCAGUCACCCAACAGCGAAACGAGUGCUAGCGUAGAAGAUGGGCACCGAAUCCACGAAACUUGCUCAGACGAGAGGUGCGGCCGUAACAACCGGAUUUCGUGGACAACGUCCAGCUCCGCGGAUGCCAACAACUCUGUGUCGGAUGUGAAGUAUACGGUCUGAUUUACGAAUCUUGCUCAUAGUGUGAUGUCUGUUUACCAUGUGUGAUUUUAAAAAAAGAGAUGAAUCUCUGGUUCGUCUGACGAAACGUAAUACUUCAUUUUUGAUGUAUUUUACAAAUUAGUUUUAGACACUCAUACCUGUAUCAAAUGUUUUGACUGUGUAUUUUAGUACUGUAAAUACGUUUUGUAGAAUACGAAAAUGUUGCUUAGAGAAGCAGCAUAAAUAUA